AUGUCCAACAACGAAGAAGAUCAAGAUUUGACUAAAGCCAUCGCUGGCGGUAAGCGCCCGCAUGUCAGAGCAUAUGCGCAGGUCUCUGGUUUCACUGUUGGAGACAGUGUCUAUUACAACGGAAAUGACGGGUCUCGCGAUGGGCCCUUUAUUGUAGCGACGCCGCCAGUGGGUGGAAAGUGCACGCUCUGCUACAGCGAUGGAAGACCCUUUCAAAACAAGGCGAUGAUAAGCCUCGAUAAUCUGGACCCUAAUUAA